AGUGAGGCCAUAAGCGAUUGGAUAUGUUAAGUCAGAAGACCGGAAAGCGAUAUGCAAUGGAACGAACAGUUAAGGUACGAAGUAGAUAGAAUAUGAAGCCCAACGUACAUAUUGGGUAAUACCAUUUGCCGUUGCCGUGACACUUGUCCGACAAACGUGUGCGUUUGGCGAUCAUGUUGUUGGCAAACGACUUACCGUUAUACUUGGUCCGAGCUCGCCUCAACCUAUAGUUAUCCGUUGCCUUGAUGGAAAUGUCAAUGACUUAGUCUGCAUGAUUCCUUGCGGAUGUAAGAUCAAAAACAUGUCAAACGCUUUCGUUGUUAUGUGCGGCUGCCAAACGCGCUUCCCAUAGUACCUGGGAUACGUCAUAACAAACGGCCACUACAGGUUACAAACGUCUCACAGUAAUUUCGCUGGAAAAAUGUUCAAUAGAGUCAAUCACAUUUCCCGGUGCUUUAUCUCGAACGUCAAAAACGACGCCGUUAGACGUUCGAGCGGUCUAACGGUUAUUAUCUAGCCCCCACCUACGUUCAACACUUUAAAACCAUCGAAUCAGCCCACCAUUUUUGAUCUACUUAGUUCAUCUACGAGCGAGGGAUCCCCCGUUAUGCAAAGCACGAUGGAAAAAUCCAUAUAUGCCCUGCAGGAUGUCCCAAACAAGGGAAAGGGCCUGGUCGCAACACAAAAGAUUCCCAAAGGCGUGCGAAUUCUUUCCGAAGAGCCGGUAGUUUCAGCAUCUUGUUUUGGAAUCGAUGUCAGAGGGGUACAGAAAUCCAUCCAUCAGCAAGUCACUUCCAUGAGCGAAGAAAAGCGCAACACCUUUCUGUCUAUGCACAACAUCCACCCGUACAAGAAUGAUGCCGAGCGUUAUCUCGGAAUCUUUCAAACAAACGCCCUUCCUGCUGAAACUAUAGGAGAUGUAGGAGCAAUCUUCCUGGAAGCAUGCUUCAUCAACCAUGCUUGUGACAACAAUGCCCAGAAGAGCUGGAACGAGGCUAUCAGACGACACACGGUGCAUGCUAUGAGAGACAUUGAUCAAGGAGAAGAGAUCACAAUAACCUAUCUCGCUCCCCUCAAACCCCGAAGAGUCAGACAGGAGGCACUAAAGAAAAAGUUCGGUUUCAUCUGCGUGUGUCGUCUCUGCUCUUUGCCACUAGAACAGAGCCAGGAAGUUGACAGAAGAUUGAUGGAGAUCGACCGUUUGGACACUGUCGUUAACCUACUCGGCAUGAACUGGUUUCUCGUGUCCCCAUCCCAGACACUUGGCUACUUUGAUCGACAGGCACGGCUCUAUCAAGAGCUAGGACGAGAAGACGUCGGCUUCGCGCAUGUCUUCGAUAUGGCAGCCCAGCUUUCCAUCGCAAACGGCGACCUGGCAAGAGGACGCAUCUUCGCCGAGAAGGGGGCGUCUGUGUGGAAGACGACUAUCGGCAAUGAUAGCACCCAGGCCAUCGAGCAGGGCACCAUUGCAAAGGAUCCUUCGAGCCACGAGUUCUACGGGCGCUCGAUGAACUGGAAAACCAAGGUAGGUGAGGCCCCUCAAGGUCUUAAUCAAGGCGAUUUCGAAAUUUGGCUAUGGAGAAGGGAGAAACCGAUGGUCCCGGGACAGCUGGCAGACCUGCGAAACAGCACGACAUUCCCCGGCUUCGCCUCCAUUCCUGGGGAGUACGACAUCGACCUGGACUACUACGAGAGCAAAGAAGCAGGGGUUUUCACACCGAGACGACAUUGGUGUUUCUUGGGCGAGAUUACAGAUGUUGGUACAUUUGUUCGCCUACAGAUGGAGAUUGAGGAUGUGGACGGCCGAAAGAUCCCGCUAUUCUUCCACACUGAUGGUCGAGGUGCUGAGCUGCCGCCUGCGUUGGUUCAGAAGGGGCACACUGUGGCUAUUCUCUAUGCACAUAGUCACAUGUUCAUGUCGAUGGACGUAGGCAUCCGCCACGAGGAACCUCAUUUGAUCAAGAUCUUCCCCGUACCACUGCGCAACUUGCUGGCGUUCAGCGAUCGAAUCCAGCAGUUCUCAACGGUGCGCGAUGGGAUGAGAACUUGCCAUGGGUGUGGAAAGAUGGCAGCCUCUCUACAACGAUGCGGAAAGUGCUCAUUUUUCUGGUAUUGCGACAAGGUAGACACUCUUUCCUAUGUCUAAGUUACCCCAGAUACUGACGUGAGUGUGAUGUUAAGGCCUGUCAAGUUGCUGGUUGGAACGGGAAAGGCCACAAAGCCGAUUGCAAGCUCCUUAAAGAUCCCGACUUGCGCGGGAUGCUCACGUCCAACUGGAACAAGUUUGAGGACUUUUUCCGAUUUCCCCUUGCUUCUGGGAAGAACUGAGGAGCUGAGCUGUUUCCUGGUUGUGAAGUGAUGUCGGGAACCACUCUAGAUAGUUUAAAGUUGCCAGGCAACAUGACUAGAUCGCCAUGGUCCAAAGGCGCGAAGCAAGGGAUAGUUUCACAAAAAUGUCGUAGGACCCUGACGAUUCAAUGGAACGCAAGUCAAUUCUGCUAACUACGUGUGUGUGAGAGUCAUCUGCUGAUCUCUAUCAUCACUUCCCCUUUAUCCUUCUGAGGCUCAUAUUUUAUUCCUCCUUGGCAUCUCUCCCGGCUACUUA